UACCUCCUUAUGUUUGCUCAAUUCGUUUCUUUACGGGUUUGGCAGCAUCCAUAGAGGAACAGCAUCUUUUCUCACUUCUUCUCGGAAUAAAGGCAGAUAAAAACUUUCCAAAAUGAAUCCCAAGUUCUCAGAAACUAACAUGCAGGAGUACAAGGACACAUUCAUGAUGUGGGAUAGGAAAGGAGAUAACAAGGUUGCUGUCCCUCAUAUUGGACAUGUCAUGAGGUCGUUGCUGUGGAACCCAACAGAGAAGGCUAUCAAGAAGGUCGUCGGUCCAGACAGGGACGAGUACGACCGCGUUGACUGGGAGACCUUCUACCCCAUGUUGAAGGAUGUGACAGCAGGCAAGUUUGGUACCCAUGAUGACUUCAUCGAAGGAUUGAAAGUAUUUGACAAGGACAACAGCGGGACAGUCAACUGUGCAGAGAUCCGUCACGUUAUUUGCACUCUAGGUGAGAGGCUAGAGGAAGCUGAGGCCGAUGUUAUUCUCAAGGGAAUGGAAGACAAGAAAGGACAGGUCAAUAUUGAUGAUGUGGUUAAGAAGAUCGAGACCAACAUUAUCGAUUUUUAACUGAGCUGAAAUCAUUGACGUCAUCAACAUCGUCAUUGUCCGUUUUGGGGGCGAAAAGACCGAUUGCAUCAAUUUCGCCAUCUCUCACUCACUCUCAUCACCACCACCAUCAUCAUGAUCAUCAUCUGCAUCCUCGUCAGGCUUUUUCUGAUUCGCCUCGCCCAUGAGAAAAUGAGGGGAUCGAUAUUCAUCACAAUCACUGCAAGUUCAAAGUGACUUUUUCUCUCUCAUUCUCACUGCUGUUCGAUCAUCUUGUCAGAGUUAAAGAAUAUAAGUUGACGAAUAAAAACUUGAUCCUAUAACUCGAUAUUUUUCAAACAGUGGUAAGUUUAUUGCAGGGGAUAUGAUUCAGAAACGCAUACUUAUUCAACUCAUCCAUUCGCUCGCUUUCAAGUCCCCCGUUUCGCCAUUUCAUACGUGAUCGGCAAUUUCAAACCCCCAUCUCACAUUCAAUAUUCCAUGAUCUGACGUGCUGCGCUCAUGCGCUCGAUCAUUAAUCAGUUUUCGAUAAACCCUUAUCGAUAUUGUAUCGACAUAAAAUAUGGAUAUGGGCUUAUUACAUUACGUCAUCACAUUUCCUUGUAAGAGUUCAUUGUAUAGCAUGACGAGGUCAGUGAUCCUUGACAAGUUUCAUGCCAUUUCAAGAAUGUCCAGUCAUUACUUAAAUGCCGUGAUUUUGAUUUCGUAUUGUAUAUCGGUUGUAUGUUAUCAGACUUUUGGUGUCAAUAUCUCUUUCUUUUCUCUCUUUAUGAUUUCUACUUCCUCGCUGUGGACAGCUUUUGUGAAGAAAAUCAUGUACAAUAUGUUGGACGAGUGUUAAUGUCUGGACUGCGUAGGGAAGAGGAGGGGAUGGGGUAAGGUUGGCUGAUAAAUGACAGUGUUUCCUCGAAACAUAUUGGGCACGUAAGAUGAGAGACGGAGAAAAUCAGAGGAUAUAUAAUCAUGCAGAAUACGAAUAUGUCGCCUAGAAUCAACAAUGAUUUGAUGAAAGGUUUUGAUCGGUUUAAAUCGGUUGGAUCAGUUUUACAUCACAUUCAAAUUCACUUAAUUUUCAACAGAAAUAAUACCGCUUUGUUGGCGAUGUGUGAAACACGACUUUGAAAACGGGUGUUGAAGUUACUGGAGGUUUAUACACAAGACUGCCGUAUGUUUCUGUCAGAAAGAAUACCCA